UGAUUUCAAUUUCCGUUUUCGUUUUCCAAUUUUCAAAAUUUGAUUCUCCGUUUUAACAUCCAGCGAUCCCCGGGAGAUCUCCAAACCCUAAUUUUUCCCAUUUCUCCCCCUUUUCUCUCUCGAUUGAUUCGUUUAUCUUCGCGUUUUUGGAUCGGUUUCCCCUUUGAUUCUCUUCUUCUCCGAUGCUUCUUUCGAUCCUCAUCGGGUUUCUCUUCGGCGUCCUCGCCGUUGUCGGCGCUGAGGCGUUCUUUGUGGUGUUCGCAGUCGGCCAUCUCCGCCGCCGGAAAAGGCCCGCUCAGACGGAGGCUGAAGAGGAGCGGACGGAGGCACGGGAUCUUGAUGCAGAGCAGUCUCUUGCUUUUCUUUGCAAUAAGCAGGGUACUGUUUGGGUCCUAGAGCCAGAAAAAGUUCCAAAGGUUGUUCCUAAUGAAUCAACAACGAAAGGGACCAAGGAACAAAAGAAAAAAGAAGUUGUGGAAGUUUUCCCUGUGAAAAAACAAGCCAAAAUCAAGGAUCAUAUGCUAUUUCUAUCUGAUCCGGAUGGACCUCAUGUUACCAUCCCACUGCGGGAAUGUGCAAUUGUAGCUGUUUCUGCUUCAGGCCUAUCUUCCCGGAAAUGGGCCAAAAGGUAUCCAAUUAGACUGGAAAGCAAGAAGUCAGAAAUAUACGAUGGAAGCAAAGUAUUACAUAUAUAUCUUGACACUUCAUGGGAGAAGGAAUCCUGGUGCAAAGCGUUACGUCUUGCCUCCUGCCCUGACAAUAAAUGCUUAAAGUGGUCUUUCAAAUUAACUGAAGAUUUCCAAUGUUACCUGACAUUAUUAAAUGCUGUGUACCCUUCCUUUCUUAAGCCAUCAGCUUUACUUGGUGAGCCUUCUGAGAAGACCAAUAAGAUAGAUGGAUCAUCUUCAAAAGUUCGCCUCUUUCUGAAAAAACUUGCAAAGAAGUCAACAAAAUCUGGUGAUUAUAAAGCAAAUUCAGCAUCAUCAUCUGUUCGUGGGGAAAGAUCUAUGGAUGUCAGGUCACGCUCUUUACAGGACGUCUCUUUGACUAGUGGGUUAGUGAAAACAUUAUCAGACAAGAAUGCGAGCAAUUCCUUUCAAGAUUUUGUGCAACCUAUGCCAAUCUCCUCUGGCCAGUUGGGUAAUAAAAACCAGAUUCCAGCCUUUUCAGACACAAUUUGUGAGGAGAAGUUUAUUGGAGACGAGGGUACUUUGGGCUUGAAUUUAUUGUUUUCAAGGUUAUUUUUUGAUGCCAAAAGAAGCGAUGAGAUAAAAGAUUUCAUAAAAGCACGCAUCCAGAGGGCACUGUCUGGCAUGAGAAUCCCCAGUUACAUUGGUGGGUUGACAUGUGCUGGUUUUGAUAUUGGCACUCUUCCUCCUUAUGUUCAUAGCAUAAAAGUUCUUCCAGUUGACUUGAAUGAAGUAUGGGCUGUUGAAGUUGAUCUGGAGUACUCAGGUGGCAUACUGUUAGACAUAGAGACUAGGCUUGAAGUCUGUGCCCCUGAAUUGCAAAAAGGAAUCAUAGGUACAGGUUUAGAACCUAGCUCUUCUGAGCAAGUGACCGCUGAUCUUCUUGAUGGUAUUGAAUACUAUGGAAGCCAAUUAAAAAGUCACUCAGGUAUCCCAGCUGAUCAGGUGGAGAACGGCGAAGAUAGUGAUAAAAUCGAUAAUUUACCUAGCAUUUCAGAUGAGUUGAAGCAAACAAAGAGCUCCAAGUGGACAGCAACCUAUGUGUCCAGAUGGAAGGCGAUCAUGCAUUCUAUUGCUGACCAAGUAUCACAGGUCCCUUUAUCUCUGGCAAUAAAGAUUUCAUCCCUUCGAGGGACAUUGCGGUUAUACAUCAAACCACCUCCUUCCGAUCAGCUAUGGUUUGCAUUCACAUCCAUGCCUGAAAUAGCUUGGAACCUAGACUCUGCUGUUGGGGAUCGAAAAAUCACAAGUAGCCAUGUAGCAUUGCUUAUUGGCAAUCGUGUUAAGGCUGCGAUACGUGAUUCUAUAGUACUUCCAAACUGUGAAUGUGUAUGCAUCCCAUGGAUGUUAGCUGAAAAGGAUGAUUGGGUUCCACGAAAGGUUGCGCCAUUCAUAUGGGUCAACCAAGAAGCAAUGGAUGGGACGGAAUCCGAAGCAUCAAGCUUGCAAUCCGAGGAAGUUAAGAUUAGGCCUGACGGCAGCAACAUACCUAAAGCUCUGGAUGCUGCUUCUCCUGGUGAUGAAGCAGACGAUGUAAAGAAUGUAAUACAUGUUCAAAAACCAUUAGAUGAAGUCCAAUCGGAGAAUUCCGCCUCAAAAGCCGACCAAUUUUCAUCUGGCUCCUCCAGUCAAUCCCCUCAGAGUCAGAAAUCUGAUGAUCUAAGAGUCCCAUUGUUGCGGGAUUAUGCAACACCAGAAAGCAGGCAGAAAACACUUGAUUCUUUGGAUACAUCACCAUCAACUCAAUUGGCUAUUACAGAUGAUCCAAUAGAAAGAAACCUUGAAGAUGUCAAACCAAAGAAAAUUGGCAGUAGGCGAGCAAGGAUGAUGGAUUUAGGCAAGAAGAUGGGUGAGAAGUUCGAAGAAAAGAGGCGUCACAUCGAAGAGAAGAGCAGACACAUUGUUGAGAAAAUGCGAGAAAAUGCAAGAACAUAAGCCUCUGCGGUGUUAAAAAAUCAAUCAGGUUUUCACACGCUGAGGAGAAUAAACCCUUGAUGUUUCAAAGAUUUUAUUCUUUUGUUGAAAUCAAAUCUCAAUCCGGUUCCUCCAAUAUAUGUACAGCCUGAGUGAAAAUGUAAGAUAGAAUCUGGAACAAUUGCGGCAACAUGUCAACUGUUCUCCAUUUCAAAAUGUUGAAUCUGCAGCAGGACAUCAAACAUGUUUUCUUCAUAAAUUGUGACUAACACAACCAGGUUUGAAGCUUCCAAAACUUGCACAAGGUUUCGAAGAAGUCAAAAUGGCGCAAGCCAUCACAGUCUGAGAAAGUUGAAAAGGUGAUAAAUUCUCUUUUAUUUUCAAAACCCAGGUUUGUAGUGACUGGAAUUUGUAGGCCAUUCAUUUGGGGGAUUUAAUUCCAAAAGCAUGAUUACCCA